AUGGUAGCAUGUGUCGACAUGGCUUUCUCCGUAAUUCUUCCACCUUCUUACUCCUCCUUCUCCAAGCCCGCUUCAUUCUUAAGCAACACUAGAUUCCCGGGCUUGGGUUUGGGCCUGGGCCUGGGCUUUCAGUUUCAGAGAAAAGGAAGAACGAUACGGAGACACCUCAAGCUCCUUAUCGGCGCACAACUUUCCAACUCAUUCUCUUUCACCUUCGGACUCGACUCUCCGAAUUUGAAAUCCUUUCAGUCUCAUGAUGAUCUAUCAAAGUUGUCAUGGAGGGGACCCGUUCCGGGCGAUAUUGCCGAAGUCGAGGCGUAUUGUCGGAUCUUCAGAAACUCCGAACGGCUACAUUCUGCGUUAAUGGAUGCAUUAUGCAAUCCGCUGACCGGAGAAUGUAGUGUCUCGUAUGAGGUUCCGUCGGACGAGAGGCCUCAACUUGAAGAUAAGAUAGUUUCUGUACUCGGAUGCAUGGUGUCGCUUGUGAAUAAAGGAAGGGAUGAUGUUCUUACGGGAAGGUCGUUAGUUAUGAAUCCGUUUCAUGAUGCAGAUGAUAGCGCGAUUGAGGAUAAGCUUCCUCCGCUUGCUGUUUUCAGGAGCGAGAUGAAAAGGUGUUCGGAGAGUUUACAUGUUGCGCUUGAGAAUUAUUUAGUACCUGAUGACGAUCGGAGUUUAAACGUGUGGAGGAAGCUUCAGAGACUGAAGAAUGUUUGCUAUGAUUCUGGUUUUCCUCGUCGCGAGGGUUAUCCUUGUUAUACAUUGUUUUCUAAUUGGAGUCCUGUGUAUUUUUCGAGUUCUAAAGAUGAUACUGAAUCCGAAGACUUAGAAACGGCUUUUUGGACUGGUGGUCAGGUAACGGAAGAAGGGUUAAAGUGGUUACUCGAUAAAGGUUUUAAGACAAUUAUCGACAUCAGAGCCGAGAAUGUAAGAGAUAAUUUCUAUCGAGCCGCUGUGAAUGAUGCUAUUUCAUCGGGAAAAAUCGAGUUAGUAAAAAUUCCAGUUGAAGUUAUGACUGCACCAACAAUGGAACAAGUUGUGAGAUUUGCAUCUUAUGUCUCAGAUAGCAGCAAAAGGCCUGUGUAUCUUCAUAGCAAAGAAGGAGUUUGGAGAUCAUCGGCCAUGGUCUCCCGAUGGAGGCAGUACAUGACUCGCUCUUCCUCGCAGAAUGUUUCUAGUCCACCAAUUAUUCCCUCUAACACGUCACAUUCUACAAAUAGUUCUGGGAAACUGCAGGAUUCUUCCGUGACUGCAGCAAGAUCCUCCCUCGAAAACGAUAUCACUUCAUUGCAAGACAGUUUCGAUUCAAAAUCCGACAUAAGUAUCUCUGAAAAUAGCUAUGAUGGAAAAACACAAGGUAAUGCAGCCUUAAAUGGAAUUUCUUCUGAUAAUACAAUAUUGGAGACGGAUGUCGAUGCUGCUAAUAAGGAAGGAUCUUUUCCAAGUUUUAUCACCAAAAUCAACCCUUUAAAAGCUCAAGUUCCUCCUUGUGACGUCUUUUCCAAAAAAGUAAUGUCCAAUUUUUUGGGUAGCAGGAAGAUCACAUCUCCUGAUUAUAUCGAUUAUCGAAUUAAAAGAGCAAAAUGCUUACCACAAUUUAAGAAUAUGGCUAUUAGAGGACUUCAAGGAAAUCUGAUUGUUUCUAAUGGUGCUAUUGUGGGUCCUGAUAGCUUAAAUGGAUCAGCUCAUGUUGAUUAUCCAUCUGGAGAGGCCGGAUUUGGAGUCGGCGGCAAUGGGAAGUUAGUGAAUGGGAAUACUUCUAGUUCUGGUAGCACAACAGUUAACGGAUUUAGUCAAGGGGAAUUGCAUUACACGAGUAAUGCCGAUGUCUCCGGUAUUGUAAAUAAUGAUAAUGUCACAACUAAAACUCAAAUUGUUGAAGAUGGUACAGUUAAGGCUCAGUUAAGUUUACAUGAUGAAGAAUUGAGAACCAUUGAAGGUGAUAUGUGUGCGUCGUCAACGGGAGUUGUAAGGGUGCAGUCAAGAAAAAAAGCAGAGAUGUUCUUGGUUCGAACAGAUGGAUUUUCUUGUACCAGAGAAAAGGUCACUGAAUCUUCUCUGGCUUUCACUCAUCCUAGCACCCAGCAACAAAUGCUUAUGUGGAAGUCUACACCAAAGAAUGUGCUAUUAUUAAAAAAACUGGGGGAUGAACUUUUGGAAGAAGCAAAAAUGGUUGCUACUUUUCUACAUCACCAAGAGAAAAUGAAUGUAAUUGUGGAACCUGAUGUACACGAUGUAUUUGCUAGAAUGUCGGGUUUUGGAUUUGUGCAAACCUUCUACAGCCACGAUACCAGUGAUCUGCACGAGCGAGUAGAUUUUGUUGCAUGCUUAGGGGGAGACGGUGUUAUACUGCACGCAUCAAAUCUUUUCAGAGAUGCUGUUCCUCCUAUUGUAUCAUUCAACCUUGGUUCCCUUGGUUUUCUGACUUCUCAUAGUUUUGACGACUUCAAGCAAGACUUAAGACAAGUCAUUCAUGGAAAUACAUCACGGGAUGGUGUCUACAUUACGCUUAGGAUGCGUCUCCGAUGUGAAAUUUUUCGUAAAGGUAAAGCAAUGCCGGGGAAAGUAUUUGAUAUCCUCAACGAGGUGGUUGUCGACCGGGGUUCUAAUCCAUACCUUUCAAAGAUUGAAUGCUAUGAACAUGAUCGACUUAUAACCAAAGUACAAGGUGAUGGAGUCAUCGUUGCCACCCCUACGGGAAGUACUGCCUAUUCUACUGCUGCUGGAGGUUCCAUGGUCCAUCCAAACGUUCCCUGCAUAUUAUUUACCCCAAUCUGUCCACAUUCACUGUCAUUUAGACCAGUCAUACUUCCAGAUUCUGCUCGAUUAGAAUUAAAGAUUCCAGAAGAUGCUAGAAGUAACGCGUGGGUUUCGUUCGAUGGAAAGAGAAGACAACAGCUCUCAAGAGGAGACUCAGUCCGAAUACAUAUGAGUGAGCAUCCCCUCCCAACUGUUAACAAGUUUGACCAGACAGGCGAUUGGUUCCGUAGCUUGAUUCGCUGCCUAAAUUGGAACGAGAGGCUUGAUCAAAAGGCGCUAUAA